AAUGUAUCAUGGGGAAAUUGUGACUGACCGAUCUACAAAUAAUGAUCCGUUAUGAUGCAGGUCAGUCAGUCGGAGCAAGCCCUGUGCCUAUAAUUUACAGUAGGCGACCUGGAACAAGGGGAGAAGGCAAGCCCGCAUUUCUAUGGAAACUGUAACGCAGACUGCAGGUAUCAUGGCAGGGACGUCACGACAUGAUCGGGAGAUGGCGGUGAACGCCAAAAACCAGCUGUCUGUUUGCACAGACCCUGUGGAUCGACUGAGGAUGCAGUGUCUCGCACGAGGCUCUGCUGGCAUCAAGGGUCUGGGCAGAACAUUCAGGAUAAUGGAUGAUGACAACAACCGUACAUUGGAUAUGAAGGAGUUUAUGAAGGGGCUUAAUGACUACGGUGUCCUCAUUGAUAAAGAUGAGGCCAUGACAAUGUUUCAACGUUUUGACCGGGACAACAGUGGACUCAUUGACUUUGAUGAAUUUCUCCUCACUCUCAGGCCCCCGAUGUCCAAUGCCAGGAAGGAGGUGAUCAUGCAGGCCUUUAGGAAGCUGGAUAAGACUGGUGACGGGGUGAUCACUAUUGAAGAUCUGAGUGGGGUUUACAAUGCCAAGUACCACCCCAAAUAUCAAAACGGGGAGUGGACAGAGGAGCAAGUAUUCCGCAAAUUCCUGGACAGCUUCGACUCUCCUUACGACAAGGACGGAAAGGUCACCAAGGAGGAGUUUCUCAACUACUACUGCGGAGUCAGCGCCUCCAUCGAUAGUGAUGUCUAUUUCAUUCUCAUGAUGAAAAAUGCAUGGAAAUUGUGAGUUUUAAGUUGAUAACUUUAUGAUGAUUUUUGAUGGACAGUUUUUCAAGGUGCCUUCUUAAACAAAUAUUUCAUUAUAGAAAUCAUGUUGACACCGAAUGUUAAUAAUGUCCCAAUGAUAUGCAAAUGAUUAUGAAUAACUUGUAAAUAUGUAGUGCUGUGUGAAAAUAUGUAUUUGAAUUAUACAGUCACUUUCUCCAGAAACAACCAAUAUUCUGUAUAGUAGAAAUUGAAAUGUGAUGUAUCUGUACAUCUGUGGUCCACAGUUCCAAUGUUAGAUAUAUCUUUAUAAAGACACGGGAAAUCAUAAAAACUGAUAAAUCAAAGUACAGUCAUUUCAGGAGAUGAUGAAAGCAGAGGAAAUGGUACAACUACAUUUGUUUGUGGAAUUAAUCUGUUUCAUAAAAAUGUUUAAACACAAAA